CAACAAACGCAUGCUUUUUUUGUUUUGGUUGUAAGUCGACAAGAAAUUUCGAACCUUUAAAAUUAAUAAAAGGAAUAAAAUAAAUAAUAAUGCCUAUUUUCGCCCAAGAAAAUAAUCUUUUUGUUUUUAAAGGAAGUAAUUUCCUUAAACAACGUCUCAUACUUUCAAUUUUAAGUGGCAAACCUGUGAAAAUCAUCGAUAUUCGAAGCAAUGACCAUAUGCCAGGAUUAAGAGAAUUCGAAGUGGGCCUUAUUCGUUUGCUGGACAAAAUCACAAACGGUACAAAAAUCGAAUUAAAUCCGUCGGGAACAUCGGUAGUUUUUAGUCCGGGUUUGCUGCACGGUGGAACGAUUCAUCAUGAUUGUUGUCUUCAACGUGGUAUUGGCUAUUAUUUGGAUGCACUCAUUGCUCUGGGACCUUUUUGUAAAAAUUCAAUUCAUGCUACACUUCGAGGUGUGACAAAUAGUAAAGAAUCACCUUCGGUGGAUAAAAUAAAGACUUCGGCUUUAUCAUUACUGAAACGUUUUCUUAUUGUCGACGAGGGUUUGGAAUUAAAAGUCACCAAAAGAGGUGUCAUGCCAGAUGGAGGUGGUGAAGUUAUAUUCCGAUGUCCGCUUAGGAAAAAUUUCCGUUCUAUACAAUGUGUAAAGCAAGGAAUGGUGAAGCGUAUCCGAGGAACUGUAUACGCGUGUAAAGUGUCUCCAGCUAUGGCGAAUCGGACUGUAGAAUCGGCGAAAGGUGUCAUGUUGAACUUCCUUACCGAUGUUUACAUCUACACUGACCAAAAUAAAGGCAAGCUUUCUGGAAAUUCUCCUGGAUUUGGGAUAAAUCUAGUGGCAGAGACAACAGAGGGAGUGAUUUUCUCAGCGGAGUGCGUGUCAAAUGUUAAAGAGCAGGGCGGCGAACCAUCAGUACCAGAAGACUUAGGCAAAGAAGCCGCACACAAGCUUCUCGAUGAAAUCUAUAGAGGAGGUUGUGUUGAUUCUUCUUUCCAGUGGAUGGCCGCACUAUUUAUGGCUCUAGGACAGAAAAACGUUUCCAAAUUUUUGAUAGGACCACUUUCACAAUAUACAGUGCACUUUUUGCAACACUUGAGAGACUUCUUUGCCAUCACUUUUAAGUUGGAAAAUCCAGAAGAGGAAGAUGAAGAUGAAAGACCUGCAGGAGCUCAACAAGUUUUAAUGACAUGUGUAGGCAUUGGCUACACGAAUAUAAGCAAACGUGCUAAUUAGAGAAAUAAAUUGUAGAUUUUUUUAAGAACUUA